CCUGGCUUCCCGGGCCUGAAGUUAGGGGAAUUGUCCGAACCGAAAUUGAAGCCUUUUUCUUUGAAAGGAGGCGUAAUUUGCGAGUUUAUUAAUUAAAAUUGGCACGCUCAGUUACUCCGACGCCGCCAAUAACAAUUGAAUGGCUGACGGAGAACCAAACUUUGAGCGAAGAUGCGAAUUUGUCUUUAGUUGGACCACCUUCUAAAAUGCUUCGGGUGCCUUUGGCGCCUUCACCUCACAAAACAGGACUAAACUAAUGUAAUAAUUUAAAUUAAGCCACUCCGCUCAGCCCUUUCGUCCAAACAAGACUAAUCGCAAAGUAGCGAAUUCUAAUUUCUACUCUCUCACUUCACGUCAAGACAAUAAAAAUAUGCAGACUUUUAACGGAGUUUUGCAUCAUGCAGAAUUUUCUGUAACAAGCAAGUGUGCCUUGGCAGCGAAGCACUGAAUGAUGAAAACUGGCCGUCAUUUUCAAUCAGCAGGCAGCGGUGAAUGGAAUAGAUUAUUGACCGACACAAGCAGCUGCCUACCGCAUUCAAACUGGAGCAGUUGACACAAAGAGGCCGCAGCAUGAUCGAGAACAUCUCAAGAAGGGCCUUUGGCGGCUCCAGUGGCACCUACCACGUCAGGGCCUCCGAGCGAGAGAGGGAGAGAAAUCUUAAGUUUCUCAGUGCUACUGUCACCUUCUUGGAUGACUCGCAACAUACGUUCCAACUUGAUAAAAAGGCAAAAGGUCAGGAGCUGCUGGACAAAGUAUUCCAGCACUUGGAGCUUGUGGAAAAGGAUUACUUCGGAUUGCAGUUUUCAGAAAACGGAAACCCACCCUGUUCUUCCAACAAUGAUCUGAUGAGGUGGCUUGACCCUUUGAAAUUAGUGAAGAAGCAGCUGAGACGUGAGAAUAUUUCAUUUUCUGGAUUUUUUUCUAAUUUCUUAUUCCCAGAUGGGCAACUAUUCUUUCGAGUCAAGUUCUAUGUGACUGAUCCUAGUAAACUCCACGAGGAGUACACUCGGUACCACUUUUUCCUGCAGCUGAGGAGAGACAUUUUGGACGGCAAAUUGAUAGUUCCUGCCAGCACAGCUUGUUUGCUGGCUAGUUACAUAGUUCAGUCUGAGUUGGGGGACUAUCACUCCGACGAUCAUGCGCCUGGCUAUUUGAGUCAGCUGCCUUUGAUUCCGGGCCAGAAUGAGGAGAUGGAGAAGAAAGUCGCUGAACUGCAUAAACUUCACAAGGGUCAGACUCCAGCUGAUGCUGAGUUUAACUUCUUAGACCAUGCAAAGAGGCUAGAAAUGUAUGGUGUUGACCUCCACAAGGCUAUGGAUGACGCAGGGAAAGAAAUUCAAUUAGGUGUUACAUCUUUAGGAUUAGUUGUGUUUCACAAUGGCAUUAGGAUCAAUCUAUUUUCAUGGGCCAAAAUAAUCAAGAUUUCCUUUAAGCGGAAGCAAUUUUUCAUCAACCUUCGACGAGAACCUUGCGAGGAAUACGAUACAGUUUUAGGAUUUAACAUGCAGAGCUACAGGUCUUCCAAAAACCUUUGGAAAUCUUGUGUCGAGCACCAUACUUUCUUCCGUCUGCACACUCCUCGAGCCAGGGCAAGGAGAUUUGUUUUCACCUUGGGCUCUAAAUUCCGCUACUCUGGUCGAACCGAAUUUCAGACUGUGGAAGAAUGCAAAAGACGUGCUAGAUUGGAGAGAACAUUUAUUCGGUCUCCUAGUAAGAAAAUUGUCAGGCACACUGUUCCUAUUUGCGACGAGAAACAGAAGACAGUCACAACCUCUUCAAGAGCACCUCGAGUUUAUGACAAUAAAGUGCAGUCACUCGGCAGAGAGCCUAAAAAGGCAUGGGAAGACUCGGCUCCGUCCGAUGACGAGGGAGGAUUUUUGGAGACGCUUAAGCUGCCCCGAACAAUCGACUACAUUGACAUCAAAGAGACGGAACGACCUGCCUUCGAUAUUCCGCCGUACAUCGAAGCUCAUGAAGACGCGCUUGUCAAAAUUCGCAUCAGUCCUGAUGUGGAUGGCAGAUUUGGGUUCAAUGUGAAGGGUGGCUCUGAUUUAGGGUUACCUAUUUUGGUAUCAAGAGUUGCACCAAACACCCCAGCGGACUGCUGCUACCCUCGGCUGAACGAAGGAGAUCAGGUUUUACUGAUAAAUGGAAGGGAAACGUCUGGCUUGACUCACGACCAAGUUGUGAAUCUAAUAAGAACAUCACGCGAUUCUCAGAGUGGUGAACUAGUCCUCACAGUGCGGCCUAAUGUUUAUGAAACAAGAGAAGCAGAGGAGCCAGCGUUUCAGUAUGUCCUUGAUGUGCAGCAUGUUCCUUCAGCUGUUCCAAAAGCUGAUGCACUUGCCGAGUCAAUUUUACUUCUGGCAGAAACACUUGAAAGUGGUUCCGCAAUGCAGCAGUUCGAGCAGCUAUACAGGAAGAAGCCUGGGCUAAGUGCAGAAGAGUCCAAAAAGGCAGAAAACAUUUGCAAGAAUCGAUACAGGGAUAUUUCGCCAUAUGAUGCAACCAGGGUGAUAUUAACAGAAUGCGAAAGUGGGGACUACAUCAAUGCUAACACAGUAAACAUGGAGAUACCGGGCUCAGGAAUCAUCAAUCGAUACAUUGCAACACAAGGACCUUUGCCAAGUACUGUUGGCGACUUCUGGCACAUGGUCCACGAAUCUCAGAGCACGCUGGUUGUGAUGCUGACAACUGUGGUGGAACGAGGCAGGGUUAAAUGCCACAAGUACUGGCCCUCGUCAGACAAGGCCCCUCUUGAAAUGGAAUCGCUGCAAGUGUCUUGCAGUCAAGAAUCUGAAGAUGAGAGCUUUUCUUUUAGGGAAUUCACCCUUAAGAAUACUAAGACUGGAGAGGAGAGACAAAUUUCUCACAUGCAGUAUCUCGCUUGGCCUGAUCACGGUGUACCGGACGAAUGCUCCGAGUUUAUUGACUUUUGCAAGAAGGUCAGGCAAGCUCGAGCAGGCACCUCGGAACCAGUCAUUGUGCAUUGCUCUGCUGGUAUUGGCCGAACUGGAGUAUUGGUACUUAUGGAGACAGCCAUGUGUCUCAUUGAAGCAAAUGAGCCCGUUUACCCCUUGGACAUUGUCCGCACGAUGAGAGACCAAAGAGCAAUGAUGAUCCAGACACCUGUGCAGUACCGAUUUGUUUGCGAAAGUGUGCAUCGAGCCUACCAAGAGGAAAUAGUGAAACCGCUGCCUGAAUACCAAAAGUAAUUUGAUUGUUGCUUGUCCAUCGUUCAAAAUUGUUGAGGCCUUAUAUUUUUCAAAGCCAACCAUUACAUAACAUGAAUGCAAGAAUCUGAAACUUGAAUUUUCUUUUUUACACUAUAUCAAAGGGCAAAUAUUUUGUUCUAAGCAUUUUACGCAAUUAGUCUCUCAACUUAGAUGUGUGUGCCUCUAUUUUGACUCUGGAAAUAAUAAUGUACAUCAAUAAACUAAGGGAUUGUGAAUAUACUUCAUUAUUACACAAUUUGUUAAUUUUCUCUUGGAUUGUUGGUUGAUAAAUUUGUCAUUUUACGAUGAAUAGCACUUCGAAGUGUUUUUGAACAUUAAUUCACAUUGUAUCAACCUCCUUGAAAAUAUUUUAGAUUGUAAAUUGUGUGCAUUCAUCAUAGCCAGCUUAUUCUCAAUUCUAAUAUUUAAAUUGUCAAAAUGCAUGUUGCUUCCAUACUAUUAUUACAAGGAAUAUAUCUUAAGUUUGUAACAAGUCUUAUAAAUGCUAAUUAUUAUAAAAACUUCAAUGUUUGUUGUGUGUUGGUAGCAAUUUGUAAAUUUAUUGUAAGGCAGCUCUUUUUUUUCUGUAUUUCAAUAUCAAUCAAGUACAAAACUUUUUGGAGACAAACCAAAGGGAAAAAUGACAUUUGAGAUUCUGGGCCCCACUCAACGAAUAUGCAUAUCACCAUGACCUUGUUUGGAAACACACAUUUCCAAAUGAUUAAGAUCUCGUUGUAAUACUAAAAAAAAAUGUAUCCAAAAUCCAACAAAAUGUGUUCCAAUGCCCAGAAACAAAAAUGACCCAAAUAACUUCAGGCGUGGUUUUCUAAAAUUUUUAAUUCCUCCUUUUGACUUUGCCCUUUAAAGUAUAACCUGUAGACAACCCUUUCUAAAGAGACUAAAGGCAAAAAAUAAUCUGAAUUUGUCCAUGGUCAUUGUAGGAACCAAAAUAAAUCAAAUUCGUCCCUUAAAUACCGUCUUGAAACGUAGACUGGAGCUAAAGUUGACCGUCCUGCUGGGUAAAUUUAAACCUUGAUGAAAAAGAUUUUUGACAAUGUAAAUUGUUUUUUUUUUAAUCAUUAAAAUUUAAAAUAUAAGUAAUCAUUGUUCCCUGUACCUGUUACUCAUUUAAAGUAGGACUGUGUAAAAUUGUAGAACGUAAUUAUUUUGCAGCUUAAAAGGGCAGUUUGAUCCUUUUUCACACGUACUUCUCAAAUUUUUAUUUAUUUUAUAUGCUUCUUAUUGAUAUCCCAGUUUUGGCGCAAUCUAUUUAAUUUUUAUUGGGAAUCGCAUCAAAAAUAUUCCCUUUAGCUAGCUUUGAGCGCUCCAAGGAGCAAACAUGAUAAUUUUACACUUGUCAAACUUUAUUUUCAACAAACAGUAUUUUGAUACUUCAACGAAUUUUAAUUUUCAUGAGCAAUGUAGUCAUUUGUGAAGGUUCAUUUAACCUCACAAGUUGUAUUCAUACUCAAGCAAUAUGUUUUAUGUUGUUACUCAUUAAUCUCAUUAUUUAACAGCAAAUAUGGUGUUGCUUUUUAAAAUAACUAUUUGUACUUUGGUAAUUUAAAUUAAUACAAAAGCCAACUAUUAUGUUAUAAUGAGCUGUGAGCACUACUUUAAUUUGGAUUAAUAUUUUAUUUUUAUUUGCCUCUUUCCUUGUCACUUUUAACUCAAUAUGAACAAAUUGUGAGCAAAAGUUGUCUGAAACCUAAAGUAAUUAUUUCAAACUCAAUAUGUAUGUAUACAUUAUAUAAUCCGCUAUAAUCAGCAUAAUUGCAUUGGUCAUUAUUAUUAGCAUCAAUAUGUUCAAUAAAAAAAGAUUCGCAACCU